AAACAACGAAGGAACAGGCAACAGUUACAUAAGCAGUUACAGAAAGAUGGUGGGUUUUUGUAUUUUACACAAAAGCAGUUUUUUGAGCAGAAAGUGACUUAUUUCCUUCUUACAGCUUCAGCGCUUUGCCAUUCAUUCAAUUUUGACUGUUUUGUCGCUGUUAAUGACGAAAUUCAACUAAGCGUCCGGUCUAUGCAGCUCAAUUUAUUUCUUGAAAAAUUCCAUUUUCUUUUUAUUUCUGGGCAAAAAUAAGGACGUUUAGCCCGCAUAUUAUCGAAUCUUUUUGAAAUGAAACAAUAUUGAACAUUUCACGCUAAAUUCUCAGCCGGAAAUUCACCUUGCGUUUUCCUUGGGUUUUGCCGUAUUAUACAUACAACUUUGCUAUGGCAACCUAAUACUCCUAACCUUUGUUCUUUUACAUUUUCCCCCUUUUGAUGCCUUUUUUGAAACCCUUAUAAUUGAUUUUUAUCAACAAGAACUGCCGCUUUCCUCUUGGUGUAGAUUUUUUACUAGCAAAAGUCAACAAUUUUUUAUUUAAAUUAUGAGAAAUAUUGAUUAUGCCAGUAAAAUUUUAAAAACGAAGACCAAGUUUGGUCGAUUUUACAGGCUUUUUGUUGAAAUUAUGUUUAAUUUAUAAUUAAUAACAUAAGUUCAAUGCAUUAAAAACGUUUAUUAAAGUUCAAUUUUAAUCAGAAUUACCUGGAAACUGCGUGAAAUGAGUUAUUUUUUGAUCGGCUUGAUUUCAAUUUUCUCAAAUGGAGGUGAAACGUAAAAACCACUGAGCCGGAAGUAUGCCAGGAGGACGCAGAGGCCUACUGGCCCCCCAGAACACUUUUCUGGACUCCGUCAUCAAGAAAGCUGAUGAACAAAACAUUAGCUUCGUUGUAACGAAUGCACGGGUAGUCGACUUCCCCAUUGUGUACUGCAACGAACUGUUCACUAAGCAGACUGGCUUUCCCAGGACAGAGGUGAAUAUGAAGACAGGCUACAUGAGAUUCAUGCAGGGGGAGCACACGGACCAGGAGAACUUCUUGAGGAUCCAGACUGCCUACGAGGAGAUCAAACGAGACCAGUUCGAUGUGCUGCUCUACAAGAAAAACAAAACAGCAGUGUGGUUCUGCAUUACAAUUAACCCCGUGCCGAACGAAACCGGAGAAGUGGUGUUGUUCCUGCUGACUCUCAAGGACAUAACUUCCACUAAAAUACCCCCGGAUGAAGAGGGCAGCCGGAGCAUGGGGCGCAUCGCCAGACUGGCCCGCACGGUGAAAAAGGGCAAGGGUAAUGGCAAUUCAACGGGGGGAGGCACUAUUGGGGGUAAUACUAACUCAACCGGAGGGGAGGGGGCUUCAAUGGGCGGCAGCACAGUUGAACGAUUCAGUCCAAAAUCGACCAAAUCUUCAUUGACAAAUGGGAAUGAGUUGCCGAGGUACAUGUUGGAGCCCCCCAAGACACCCCCUCGCAUCAUCCUACACUACAGUGCCCUGAAGACCACUUGGGACUGGACCAUACUAGUGCUCACUUUCCACACAGCCAUCAUGGUACCGUACAAAUUAACCUUCCUGAAAGAUGUCGAAAGAGACUUAGCGAAUCCGAACCAACUUGUCCUCUUCAUAACCGACACUCUGAUUGACGUCGCUUUCUUCAUCGAUGUCCUCUUAAAUUUCCAUACGACUUAUGUGGGCGCGAUGGAAGAGGUGAUUUCGGAUCCGAAGUUGAUUCGGUGGAACUAUUUGAAAAGUUGGUUUGUCAUUGACAUGUUAUCCUGUGUGCCCUACGACGUGUUUGACCUCUUAGCUUUCAGCAGCGCCACCGCUGGACAGUCUACAGGGGUAGCAGACGCGUUCAGUACUCUGAAAAUAAUCCGACUGUCUGUUCGAGUGUGGCGAGUGGCGAGGAAGAAGGACCACUACUUGGAGUAUGGGGGUGCUCAAUUAGUCAUCUUCAUGUGUGGGUUCCUUCUGGCCGCCCACUGGUUCGCCUGUGGAUGGUACAUCAUCGGACACUUCGAAAUCAACCUGCACUACGGGUGGCUCCAGGUUCUAAGUGAGGAGAUUGGGGAGGAGCUUCGGUUCGAGCAGAAGCGGAUAGAGAGCAAGGACAUCUCCACCGUCUACAUAUCAUCCCUGUACUACACCAUCAGCAGCAUGACCUCCAUCGGAUUCGGAAACAUAUCGGCCAACACCAACAUCGAGAAGAUAUUCACCAUCUUCAUGAUGAUAGUCGGAGCUCUGCUGUAUGCUGCCAUAUUUGGAAAUGUGACCACAAUAGUGCAGCAGCUGUACUCUAGCAGUGCCCGGUACCACGAGAUGCUCAACAACAUCCGGGAGUUCAUGAAGCUCUACCAGGUGCCCAAGGAGCUCAGCGAGAGAGUCAUGGACUACGUCGUGUCCUCCUGGGCAGCCACUAAGGGCAUCAAUUCAGACAAGGUGUUGUCCUACUGUCCGAAAGACAUGAAGGCAGACUUGUGUGUCCACAUGAACAGACAGAUCCUCCGCCGCCAUCCCGCAUUCCGCCUGGCCAGCGACGGCUGUCUCCGCUCGCUGGCCGUCAACUUCGAAAUGGCCCACAGUGCCCCGGGAGACCUCAUCUAUCACACGGGCGAGAGUAUCGACUACUUGUGCUUCGUUGUCUCUGGAUCCCUCGAGGUCGCCCAGGAUGGAGAAGUGACUGGACUCCUAGGAGUGGGCGACGUCUUCGGGGACGCCUUCUGGCGGGAGAGCACCCUGGGUCAAUCGACGGCCAAUGUGCGAGCUCUCACUUACUGCGACAUUCACAUGAUUAAACGGGAGUGUUUGCUGGACGUGUUGGCGUUUUAUCAGAAUUUUGGACAUGCGUUUGCCAGAAACAUUCAGCUGACGUACAAUUUGAGACAGAGAAAGCGCCAGAAGAAAUUCACGGACGUCCUGAAGGAAAAAGCGGAGGAGGAGCGACGCCGUCUCGAACCCCUGGAGGAGAUCCCGAUGAAUCACCCAGUUCGAAAACUAUUCAACAAACUCAAAAAACCCAACGACGAGACCAACAAACAACAACAACAACAAUCUCAGCAAAAUAAGCAAGGGGGCGGACCAGCCCCGGUAGCUGAUUCGGCAAAAGAUAACAGCAACAAUGAUCUGAAGCGAGAGCAGCAGAUCGACCUCUCCGUCUUAACGGGAGGUCACAAAGGUCAAGAGCGGAGCAUGAAAAGCACGUGGUCCAUGCAUUUUGAGAGCUCGGGGGAAAACAAAGCGAUGAACAUGGCUCGAAAGACGGGAAAACUCUACGAAGAAGACAACGCUAACUUCGUGAAAAACAAAGCCAGCAAAUGGACCAAAUCUCUUUCUGCUGUCAACAACAACAAUAAUAAUAACAAUGACAAUAACAGUGAACAUUCCGCUUCGCCAUUGAACGACAUGAAAACAAUAACUGCGGAAAACUCAGCUCCAACCAAAAAAUUGGCUUCUUUUAUUCGAGGAGCUCCGGAUGGAAACACUCAAGCGCAGAAAUCCAGCGCACUACCACCUCUGAAAGAAACUCUGCCCCAAAAUGAUCUGAACGUUGUAGACACAUCAGUUGUGGAUUCCCUUAUCAACAUUCCAGAAGGCUCCGAGCUGAAUAUCUCCGCUUCUCAAGAUAUUGUUCAGACGAUUUUCAAGCUUAGAGGCAGUCUGAAACAACAAGUAGAAACUAUUAACAUGGAAUUAGCUUUGCUAGAUUCUCAAAUUUUGAAAAUGGUUAAAACGACAACUCCAAGUUCUUCUAACAAUAACGAAAAUCAGACAAACAAUGCAAAAAAAGACGAAAAUCGACAAAGUUAGGGAUAAAUAAACCAACUACUCGGUAUUUUUUGUAUAUUAUUGUUUUAAUUUUGUAUCAAAUUUAUUAGCGUUUAAUUGUUAAAUUGAAGAAAAUAUUGGUGUUAAAUACUAAUUGCAUAGUUUCUAUCUAUAACAUUGAGUGCAUUUCACACACGU